GAAACAAAGCGAGAGAGCGAGGGAGACGGAGCCGGACGGGCGAAGAGGAAGGAAAAGCAGGGAAGGAAGGAAGGAAGGAAAGGAGCGCGUGGCGGCUGGUUGGCAGGCUGAGCUCGAGAGAGGGGAGACCCGCGGGAGGCUUUGGGUUUAUUGGCGACGAGCCCCAGGCAGGCAGGCACCUCAAUGAAGGAAAGAAGAGCCAGCCAGAAACUCUCCAGCAAAGCCAUCAUGGAUCCGAACCAGAACGUGAAGUGCAAGAUCGUGGUGGUGGGAGACACCCAGUGCGGGAAGACGGCGCUGCUCCACGUCUUCGCCAAGGACUGCUUCCCCGAGAACUAUGUGCCCACUGUGUUUGAGAAUUACACAGCCAGUUUCGAAAUAGACACACAAAGGAUAGAGCUCAGUCUCUGGGAUACUUCUGGGUCUCCUUACUACGAUAAUGUCCGCCCACUUUCCUAUCCAGAUUCUGAUGCCGUCUUAAUUUGUUUUGACAUUAGCCGUCCAGAAACACUUGACAGUGUAUUAAAAAAGUGGAAAGGUGAAAUCCAGGAGUUUUGUCCCAACACCAAAAUGCUUCUUGUGGGCUGCAAGUCUGACCUUCGCACAGAUGUUAGUACACUAGUAGAGCUGUCCAAUCACAGGCAAACGCCAGUAUCAUAUGAUCAAGGAGCAAACAUGGCCAAGCAGAUUGGAGCAGCCACUUAUAUUGAAUGCUCAGCCUUGCAGUCAGAAAACAGUGUCAGAGACAUUUUCCAUGUGGCUACGCUGGCCUGCGUGAACAAAACGAAUAAAAACGUCAAGCGAAACAAGUCACAGAGGGCAAAACAACGGAUUUCGCACAUGCCUGGCCGGCCAGAACUCUCAACAGUUACUACAGACCUGCGAAAGGACAAAGCUAAGAGUUGUACAGUGAUGUGAAUGGCUCUGUCACUUGAACGAAGAUGGCAAGGACAGUGUGUUUGUGUGGGAGAGGUGAAGACUUGACAAGAAGUGCCCAAGGAAAAUGGUCUAUUGUUAUGGGCAGUCAAUGCUUCAAGCCCGUGGCUCACCCGCAUUGGGCAAGAAACUGUACUGGGAGAGCCGUUGUGUAGAAGUGGAUUUCUGAAGGGAUGUCAAUGUUACUUGGAUAAAUACCAAAUAUGAAGGGAGCUCUUUUUGAAUGUGCGAGAGAAAUGAAAGGAUCGGUAGCACCGGAAAAAGCGAUGUCCUGGAGGAUGCUUAUUUUUAGAUCUAUUUUUGAAUACCGACGUUGAUUUUUGAUUACCGUGCAAAAAAAUAUUGCUUUUAAAAUAAAUUUGCAAUAUUCCUACUCUCUUCGUUUUGAAGGUUUCCCCUAUGAGACAGUUUGAUUUCCCACCACCCAAAGGAUACGAUUGCUUUUCCUUUAUGUUUAUCCUCAAAAUUGGAAAGAGUGGUCAUCCAGAGGGAAAAAGCUGUGUUAAGAGGCUUUGAAAUAUAAUUUCUUAAUGAGAUGGCUGGAGAUUGAAAGAAAUUAAGCAAGUCAGAUUCAAAGAGCAUCUAGAAAUGUCAAAAGUGCAAAAGCCCAGAAGAGAAUGGGAAGGGGGGGGGGGGGAAUUUUAAAAUAUGUAUACGUUAUUGAUUUAAGGGUAAUUUUCAAGUGCAGAAUCUUCCUCUUCGCCAUUCUGACUCUCAUAAAAAAUCCAAUCAUGGUCUAAGAGCCAAGUUGUUUUGAUGCCGUUUUCAUAAGGAAAUUGUAGGCUAUUGGGAUAUCUUGGGUUAAAUCUCAACGCCCUAACAAAUGAAUGGUGCUAAGUUUUAGGUAUUUAAAAGCUCCUUAAUUAGAAAGGAAUGUUAGUCUUACUUCCCUCCUAAUUGCCUCCUUCAGUAUGAAGGAAAACAGCCUCAGCACUGUGUUAAGGGAAUAAGUGCUGUUCUGCUAUACAAAUUUUCUACACUUCUAUACUGGGUGUUGUCGUUGUUGUUGUUGUUGAAAGCUAGCACAUGAGCCAACCUACCCAAUUAUCUUCAUCACAAUGCAUCUCUUAAAAUGGCUGCAUAUGGAUGACCGUCUCUUAUUACACAUUUUUUGUUUACUUGUAAUGAGCACUCUAAGGAAAUGAGGAGGAGCCAGCAGGAACGGCAGAGCUUUUAAGGGGUCCCCAGUGGAAACUGGAUAUUGCAUGAAUCCUGAAGGUCUAAUACAAGCAUAUCCAGACAGUGAUCAUAUUAAAAAUGGCUUGUAUGACCCACAUUCUGUCAAAUUCCUUUUCACUGACUGGUUGACUAUUGUUACAUCCACUAAGCCAAUCUUGAAAAUAGUUUGCAGAUGUUGUUAUGUUUCGGAGGACACACCAAAACUCUGCUGUGAGAAAGUGUCCCUAAGGCUUGCUGGAUGCAAGCAUUUUCCUUCUCCAGCACUUCAUUUUUGAAGUAUUUAUUUCCACAGAAAUUCCAGAUAUAUUGCCACCAUAAUAUGCUUCUGAUUGAUACGAUGAUAUGCUUAAGGCAGUAUUAAAAAGAGAGAAAAAAAUAGCUGGCAAGUGCUUUCUUGUAUUUAAGUAUUUGUAAAAAGAAAAAUAAGUUAACUGUUUCAACACAACAACCACCAUGUUUUAACAAAUGUCAGUCUCUUUGUAUGUUUGGUUAUUGUUUCUGCAGUAUUUAUUUCUUUUCUUUUUAAUAAAAAAAUUGUUUAGUCGUUCAUA